UAUCCCGUCUCUGCCUCUUCAAAAUGCCUAUUUCCAAUUCCAUGUCCACCAGGGAGGAGAGAGAGAGAGCCACACUGUCAUGGCGCCAAAUCCCCAACCUCAAAUACGACGUCGUUCACCCCAACCCUCACCACCGUCUCCGCCACAACGCCACCCUCACUUUCUCCGCCACCCCCGCCGCCGACUGUAAAUUUGCCUCCGUCUCAGUGGCUGAAGCCAAACUACAUCACGAUUUCAUGCCUACGCCGUCCCAACUCCUCAAGCACCCCCUCGCCGCCUUCGCCAUCGUUCCCCGAGACGCCGCCCUCUUCACCGCCGGAGCCAUCGCCGGCGCCGCCGCCAAGACCGUCACUGCGCCGCUCGACCGUAUCAAGCUCCUCAUGCAGACUCAUGGCGUGCGGGUUGGGCAAGAUAGUGCUAAGAAGGCAAUGGGUUUCAUUGAGGCCAUAACACUUAUAGGGAAAGAAGAAGGCAUUCAAGGUUACUGGAAGGGCAACCUCCCCCAGGUGAUUCGGGUCAUACCUUAUAGUGCUGUCCAGCUUUUUGCUUAUGAAAUUUAUAAGAAAAUAUUCAGGGGAGAGAAUGGCGAGCUCUCUGUUGUGGGAAGACUUGCAGCAGGUGCUUUUGCUGGCAUGACAUCCACUUUUAUAACGUACCCAUUAGAUGUUCUGAGAUUACGAUUAGCUGUUGAACCUGGUUAUCGAACCAUGUCGGAGGUUGCCUUGAGCAUGCUAAGGGAGGAAGGCUUUGCAUCUUUCUACAAUGGCCUGGGGCCUUCUCUUAUUGCAAUAGCCCCUUAUAUUGCAGUGAACUUUUGUGUUUUUGACUUACUAAAGAAGUCAUUGCCUGAGAAAUAUCAAAAGAGAACUGAGACAUCUAUACUCACAGCCGUGCUUUCAGCAUCUCUGGCUACCCUUACCUGCUAUCCUUUGGACACUGUGCGAAGACAGAUGCAAUUGAAGGGCACACCUUAUAAGACAGUAUUAGAUGCUCUUUCAGGUAUUGUGGCACGAGAUGGAGUUACUGGUUUGUAUCGAGGAUUUGUGCCCAAUGCUCUUAAAUCCCUACCUAACAGCAGCAUCAAACUUACCACUUAUGACAUUGUUAAGCGCCUAAUUGCAGCUAGUGAGAAAGAAUUUCAAACAAUUGCGGAGGAAAACCGGAACAAACAAAAGAACAUUAACAACCAAUGAUACUGAACUCCGGAUUCAUAUUGUUUUACCCAGUUUUGCUCCUUGAAAAUUUGUGGAAUUAGUACUCCCUAUAGAACUAUCCAUUAUUUGUGGGAAUUACUUUAGCCCCUUUCUUCUGCAGCAAUGAUUUAUCCGUCUGCCAGUGUUUCUGUCCCCGUUGGCUGAAAAUUUUGUAGAAUUUACGUGUUUGAUUAGGUGCGCUGUAAAUGCUAUAUAUUCUUUGGAUGAAUUCAUUAUUCGCUGUAAUUUUCGGGCAUAUUUUACUUACCUAACUCGGUGAUGCAAUAUAAGCAAAUGUUUUUUAUUCACAAUUAAAAACUCUUCGUUGCACACC